AUGACGAAAUAUUUUUUCUACUGCUCAAAUAUUUCUUUUAAUCGUUUACAACAGUCAUUAAUAUUAAUUGUUUGGAUUAUCAUCUUAUCAGCAACAACAACAACAAUAACUGUACAGGCAAAUGAUAAGACAGUGAUAACGCUGAAGGAUUUAACCAAAGCGGUCAUAGAACGAAGUUGUUUGUGUGAAGAAAAUGUUGAAAUUAUCAAAAAAAACGAUGAAUAUUUGCUGUUGCUGUUGAAAAUUUCAUCAGUUCGAAUUGUAAGCACAUUACAAAAUCUUGCACAUCAUAUUAAUGCAGAAAUUGCAUAUCUUAUCGAAUUAAGUCGAUGGAAAUUAUUUGAAGAAAUGUCGAAGUAUUUCCCGCGAUUGUUUAGCCAACCAUCUGUAAUCGAUUCUGUCGGUGAACUUAUUGAUAAUAUUCGUCAUCAACUCUUCAUUACUACGGAUAUUUCACCUCAACAAAUAGAGGGUGAAAUUGAAAAAAUGGUGCAAAAAUUCUUUAUACAACUUAUACCGCCAACAUUUCUUUGCAUGACAACGGGUCCAUGUAAAUCAGUAUCACAAUCAUAUGCCAAUUGUUUACAAAAUAAUUCACCAUUUUGGAAAGCAUUCUUUGGAAUGGAGCCCACUAAAAUUAGUACCACUUUAUGGCAAACAGUUAUGAAAUAUCGCCUUAUCGAAAGUACCAUCGAUAAAUUACACAGAUUAGCAAUGGAAGUUGAAGUUAUUAAUAAUUCAUGCAUAAUACGACAUGCAGAAAUGAUAACAAGUUGUGCAGCAACUUGCAUUCCAUUAAAACAAGAAGUGAUCGGUUACUGCAGCGAGGAUUGCAAGCAUGCAGUGUAUGAUUGUUUGCGUGAAGGUGCAAGUGAUUGGAAUGGUUUCAUAUCUAUUUUACAAAAAUUAACUAAUAAUUUCGAUAAAGGUUUUAUUGAGCUUGAAAAAGGUAUUAUUCGAUCCAUUUCAUAUGCAAUAGAAAUGCAAGCUCCAAUGAUCGCUAAAACGGUACUAAGAAAAUGUGGACGAAUCAGUUUUGCUAAAACAUCGGAUAACAUUCGACAUGUUGAUUAUCAGAAGCCGGAUCCGAUACAACAACGAGCAGUGCUUAUGAUUCGACAGGUAAAAAAAGAGGAAAUUAUAGACAAUAAAGCUUAA